GAAAACGCACAGUUUACAGCGCCAGGUUUACUUCUUGAACGCUUACAAAGUCUGCGACAGAGGAAAAUUGAUACUCAGAAGUUCAUUGCAUACGAUACAAUGCGAUACAAUUUGGGAAAUUGGAUACGUUUCACAGCAAUUGUUAUUUCUGGUCUACACUAUGCAGCAGAGUCAUCGGAAGACAUUGCUAAUGCAGAUCUUAACUUAUACGAGGUGCUCAACACACAUCAUCCACUUUUUUUAUUCGAGCUCAAAUCGAGAUCUCCUGUAGAAAGAAAUUGCACUGGUUAUACAUGUUUGAUUGAAACACGAACCUGUGAACAUAUGCGACAAAUAACGCUUGGUCCAACCAUAUACCACUUUAAGGUCUCAACGACUGGUGAUCUCGCAACAUGGAGGAACGAAUCAUUUCUCGGACAAUUUGUUAUGAAUACAACGCCACCAUACGAAAUGGAUGUCUACAAAUUUCAAAACCCAGAAGAAGCACCACACUACUUGUGGGAGUUAAAAUAUAACGAGCCGAACACUUACAACUGCAGCGUAUUUUACAUAUAUAACCAAACCACGGAUUCAUCUGGAGAUUCCACGUGCGCCCUGUACGUGAGAGGAGUGCCUGGUAAACGCGUCAACCCUACCUUGGAUUGCCAGAUUUCCUUCAAUAAUUGCAGUGAAUCUAGGGUUGUUUUCAAGCCGUACAUUGACAAGUGCUCAAAGCUUGUACCUGACCGCUAACAUUCUUUGAAGUUUAAAGAAUAAAGCUGUCACGCCGCAUUGCUUUA